AUGAGGCCCAGCCAGUGUCCCUGCCUUGCAGGAAGGACUGUGUCCCUCUGUAGGAGCAGCAGCCAGAGCGCUGGGAUCCUCUGGCUGUGUUUUUCCCUCUGCUUCAUAGACACACGUGGUGAGUUCCUGACCCGGAACUCCCGCCCCAACAUUGUGCUGCUCAUGGCCGAUGACCUCGGCAUGGGGGACCUAGGAUGCUACGGGAACACCUCUGUCAGGACCCCGAACAUCGACCGUCUUGCAAAAGAGGGCGUGAUGCUCACACAGCACCUGGCGGCUGCCUCCAUGUGUACACCCAGCCGUGCAGCCUUCCUCACAGGGCGUUAUCCUGUGCGCUCAGGCAUGGCAUCACCCAAUAACAUGUACCGUGACAUCAUGUGGUUGGGUGGAUCAGGCGGACUCUCGAGCAAUGAGACGACAUUUGCCAAGAUGCUGCAACACCGGGGAUACCGCACAGGACUUAUAGGGAAGUGGCACUUGGGCAUGAGCUGUGCAUCCCGAGGAGACCACUGUGCACACCCGCUCAACCAUGGCUUUGACUUCUUCUACGGGAUGCCGCUGGGGCUGCUGGGGGACUGCAGCGCCCGUGCCUGGCCAGAAGUGCACAGCGGUCUUCGCUUCCAGCUGUGGGUGACAUCAGCAGCACUGGCCACCCUACCCUUUUUGCUGCUGGUACCCCGCCUGGCACGCUGGUUUUCUGUUCCCUGGUUGCUCGUGGCCGCUUCUGGCUUCCUGGCUGCGUUCUUCUUUUUGCUCUGGUUCAGCAGCUACGGCUUCGUGCGCAGGUGGAACUGCAUCAUCAUGCGUGACCAUGAUGUUAUCCAGCAGCCAGCCGAGGAGACCCGGGCAGCAGGGCUGAUGCUGAGGGAGGCACUGGCCUUCAUUGACAGGCAUAAGCGUGGCCCAUUCCUGCUGUUCCUGUCCUUCUUGCACGUGCACACGCCAUUGCCUACGCGUGGGAAUUUCGUGGGUCGCAGCAAGUUUGGGCUGUAUGGGGACAAUGUAGAGGAGUUGGACUGGAUGGUGGGGAAGGUUCUCGCGGCCCUGGAUCGGGAGCGCCUAACCAAUCAGACCCUGGUUUAUUUCACAUCAGACAACGGUGGCCGCCUGGAGGCAGAGAAAGAUGGGGCCCGUGCUGGUGGCUGGAAUGGGGUCUACAGGGGAGGCAGCGGCAUGGGUGGCUGGGAGGGCGGAGUACGCGUGCCUGGCAUCUUCCGGUGGCCCACAGUGCUGGAGGCAGGACUAGUCAUCGAGGAGCCUACGAGUCUCAUGGACCUGCUCCCCACCCUAAGUCAUGUGGGCGGCGGGAUCCUCCCCCAGGACAGAGUGAUUGAUGGCCGGAAUCUAAUGCCGCUGCUGGAGGGCCAUGUGCAACGCUCAGACCAUGAGUUCUUCUUCCACUACUGUGGCGUUUUCCUACAUAGCGUCAGGUGGCACCAGAAGGACUGCAACACUGUGUGGAAGGCCCAUUAUGUCACCCCCAAUGUCUCCCCGGAAGGCUCCGAAGCCUGCCAUGGUGGUGUGUGUGCUUGCUCCGGUGAUGUCACCCACCACGACCCGCCCCUGCUUUUCGACAUCUCAAGAGACCCCGCAGAGUCGCACCCACUGAACCCAGACAAUGAGGUGCUAUUCGACACAGUGCUUGGAAAGAUGGCAGCAGCAGUGAGGGAGCAUCGAGCCACCAUUACCCCCACACCCCGCCAGCUCUCCACCUUCAAUGCACUCUGGAAACCCUGGCUGCAGCCCUGCUGUGGUGCUGCCUUUCCGCUCUGCAGCUGCUCAGGGGAGGAUGUAUGAGUGUGGUUCUCAAU